GCAUUUCAUUUUUCAAUCGUAUCCAAUCCAACGACUGAUAUUGUUCCACGUGUAUCAUUUCUUGAAGAGGCAGGCAGCUAUCGUUUCAUUCCUUCACCCACCAAACCAAAGCAAUCCUCUCUCUCUCUUUCUCUCUCUAUAUCUUUCACUCUUUCUCUCUCCUAUUUUUUUUUAUAAUUAUUAUUAUUUUCUGCGGCUGCACCGACGAUCUUCGGUGCAUCUCCGGCGACCGUUAAGCUCAGGUGAAGAAAGGUUGAUUUGGCUCACAUACAAAUUAAGCGAAAGGCAUCUGAUACUUUCAAAGAAAGAUCAAAGGAUAUUGGUUUAGAAGGCAUAAAACCUCUACAUUUGGUCUGCCCGGUCUUUUCCCCAUUCUAACCUUCAUGUCAUCGUCGGGCGGCUUCUCUGCAGGUGGUGGUGGUGCCAAUGCACCCCAACUUUAUUUUUGCCAUCAAUGCAAUCGCACAGUAAGCCUAGACCCCUCUUCGGAAAUAGUUUGUACUGAAUGCGGUGGUGGCUUCCUUGAAGAAGUUGAAAACCCUAUGCCCAGUCCAAACUUUAAUCCCUUUUUCUCCUUUUCACCCGAUGCACCAUCCUUUAGUGCUAGUGGCUUUCCCAUUAUGUUCUCCGCAGGAUCUGCCUCUGGUCCUGGUGGUGGUCGUAGUGGUGGUGCUGGUGGUACCAUCGUUGACGAUCUCUCAGCCCUCUUGGGUGGUGCGCCAACACAAGGUUCUCAGUUUCAUGAUCCCGAAGCUUUCAACCCAUUUUUGUUUCUUCAAAACUACCUACAAACACUAAGAGCCAAUGGUGCCAAUGUUCAGUUUGUGAUUGAUGGCAACCCUGGGGACUCAACUGGUUUCCGUGUCCCGACCAAUCUUAAUCUCGGUGACUACUUUUUCGGCCCUGGGCUUGAACAAUUGAUCCAGCAACUUGCAGAAAACGACCCCAAUCGUUACGGGACACCUCCAGCAUCAAAAUCUGCAGUGGAAGCACUCCCCAAUAUAAAGAUUACAGAAGAAAUGUUGGCUUCAGACAAUUCACAAUGUGCUGUGUGCAAGGAUACAUUCGAGCUCGGUGAAGAGGCAAAACAAAUACCCUGCAAACACAUUUAUCAUUCAGAUUGCAUUCUCCCAUGGUUGGAGUUGCAUAACUCUUGCCCUGUUUGUCGUUACGAGUUGCCCACUGACGACCCCGAAUACGAACAGAGGACUCAAGCAGCCUCUGCCCCCGUGAAUCAAAAUCAAACACCUGGGAUAUUCAAUACCCCCACCAUGGGGGGGAGCACCAAUGCUGCUGCUGCUGCUGCUGCAGGCGAAGACAGUGGAAUCGGUGCAUCGACUGGAGAAAAUCCUACAACACCACGCUCAGUAGAGCGCAGAUUUACGAUCAAUUUGCCAAGGGUUUUUAGACUCUUUGGCUCGAACGCUGAAACAAGUAACCCUGGCAACGACAACAACAACAACAACGAAGGAACCAAUGACGGAUCAAACUCGGGAAACCGAGGAAACCAGAACACUGGAUCAUCAGAGCCUAGACACGAAGAUCUCGAUUAAGAAGAAGAAUCGGUAUUGCACUUGUUGUAACCAUAGAAGAAAUUUGGUUGAUGAUGGUGAAGAUGAAAUUGCAUGGUCUAUAUAUGAAUAUCAACAAACAACAAGUACUAUUAUUAGUAUUAUUAUGAUAAUAUCAUUUUAUGGUCUAAAAUUAUUUUUGAGUGAUAGGAGUUAGGAUGAACAAACUAGUAUUAGUAAUAGUAUAGAUGUGAGUGUGAGUAGUUAAUUUGUUUUUUGAAACAUCAGUUUGCUCAGUUAAUGAUUGAGAUUUUUGGGAAA